GUUCAGGUCUUUGUAAAUAUAUAUUCUAUAUAUUUUUUCUUUGUCUGCUUCUGCUAUGUGAUCGUGAUUCUUGUUUAUUUUGAAUUGAAAAUCAUUGCCUCCUUUGAUUUAUUUAUUUAUUAAUUUUGAAAUAUACCUAUGAUAAUAUUUAUAAAAUCUAGAAGAUUUUUAAAAGAUUAGAGAAUUAGUAUUUUUCUGAAGCAAUAUACAAAUAUAAAACGAAUUAUUCUGUUAAUUGAUAAUGCAUUUUAAACUAAAUAGCAGUGUUAUGUUAAUAUUAUGCCUACUUUCUUAUUUAACAGAGUGUUUUCUAGUUGAAAAAAACUUGUCUCCUGUUAUAUUUAUUCCAGGUGAUGGAGGUAGUCAGGUUGAAGCAAAAUUAAAUAAACCAUCAGUAGUUCAUUAUAUUUGUGAAAAAACUUCAUCUGAUUUUUUUAACAUCUGGUUAAAUUUAGAAUUGUUAGUUCCAGUUGUUAUCGAUUGUUGGAUUGAUAAUAUGAAGUUAAAUUACGAUAAUAUAACACGAACAACUAAAAAUCAGGAAGGAGUAGAAAUAAGAAUUCCAGGUUGGGGUGACCCAUUCAGUGUUGAAUAUUUGGAUCCUAGCAAAGCAUUUCCUGGUAGCUAUUUUAAAGAUAUUGGAAAUAUGCUGGUGAAUGAGUUAGGAUAUGUACGCAAUUUGUCUCUUCGAGGUGCGCCAUACGACUUCAGAAAAGGACCAAAUGAAAGUGAAGAAUUUUUUGUUAAAUUAAAAUCACUUAUUGAAGAAACGUACACAAUAAAUAAUAAUGCACCAGUAACUUUAAUAGCUCAUAGUAUGGGAGCUCCUAUGACUUUAAUAUUUUUACAGCGUCAAACUCAAAAAUGGAAGGAUAAAUAUUUAAGUUCCUUAAUUACUUUAGCAGGAGUUUGGGCAGGCUCUGUGAAAGCAUUAAAAGUUUUUGCAAUUGGUGAUAACUUAGGAGCUUAUGUCUUAAGAGAAAGUGUUAUGAGAAAUGAACAAAUUACAAGUCCAAGUUUAGGUUGGCUUAUCCCGUCAAAAUUGUUCUGGAAAAAUUCUGAAGUUUUGGUGCAAACAGAUGAAAAGAAUUACACACUACUCAAUCUAAAGGAGUUCUUUAUUGAUAUUAAUGUUCCAAAUGGAUGGGAAUACCGGCUAGAUAAUGAAAAAUAUCAAGCAUACUUUGAAGCUCCUGGAGUAACACUGCAUUGCUUACAUGGUGUUAAAGUGGAUACAGUUGAAAGGUUAUACUAUAAACCUGGUACAUCAAUUGAUGGGUAUCCUGAACUUAUCAAUGGCGAUGGAGACGGUACGGUUAAUCUUAGAAGUUUAAAAGCUUGUCUUAAUUGGCAAGAAAAGCAAAUUCAGAAAAUAUAUCAUACAGAAUUUGAUGGUGUAAAUCAUAUGGAUAUUUUGAAACAUAUUGAUGUUUUAAAUUACAUAAAAAGUGCACUACAAAUGAAAACAUAAUUAGUGAUUUUGUUAAUCUGUCAACAAUAAAAAUCUUUCAUAUUUAUACAUAAA